GCACGUCAAGCGCGCCCCUACCUAGUUCCCGGUCCCGCGUAGCAGCAGGCCCAGUACUACCCAGAGCAGCACUUCCAAUUCACAUUCCACUUACGCAGCAAGGUAGACGCGCCGCGACGGAAAUCGGGGAUAGGACUUCGUCAACCGUAGCUCAGAGACACCCAUCACCAAGUCCACCGCCACAAGAGUUCCCGGCUGUUUUUUCGUCCAGGCGACCGAUUCGUCAUCAUUCAAGUCAACCAAACAUUCACAUUCUGAUUGCUCGGGCUUCAGAUUCCUUUCUAGCGGCGGCUCUUCCGGCUCUGUUACUCGAGUCGGCCUUUGCUUGGUCAUCGAGACCACAUCUCGCUUUCGUCUCCUCGACCACGAAACCAAGAGAAUUGCCGUAUCCAUUAACUCAUAGUUGAGACCUAUCGUCACGAUGCCGACAUCGCGCAAGCGGGCCCUCCAAGAGGGCGACACCAGCAACAAUGCGCAACCUCCCAAGGAGCCAUCCGUACUCCAUCGCAUAAGGAAUAUGUGGCAGUUUGCCAACCUUUUCCAGUUCAUCCUCUUGUUCGGAAAGGCGCUUAAGUUGGACGACAGUCUUGACAUCGAGGACCUCGAGGCCGAAUGUCUAAAGCCAGGCUCAAUGGUCCUUCAGGACAUUGGCCUCGGUAUCCUCAAGUUUCUAUCGUCCCAUCGAGGCCUUACCCACGACGUAUUCGAAGAGUAUACCCGAAGACAGUUCCUUGCCAAAGCCCCCGAGAAGAAUCCAUUCGGAACCGAGGAUCUGCCUUCCAAGUUUGCCGACUUUGACGUCUUCACAAAGAUCCGUGUACUCCAGCAAAUGAGUCAGCUUGUCAUGUGUACCCCCGAGCGCCUUCGCGAGAGGACAGAAGAGCAGAAGGACAUGGACCAGACAAAUUGGCGAAUUGAGCCUUACGGAUGGGACAGCAAAGAUCGUACGUACUUCGUAUUAGAUGAUAACCGCAUCUAUCGAUUGACCGAGGCCCCGGCCCCCGCUCCCAAACCCAAGAAGAAUACCAAGAAGGCCAAGGCGGUUUCUCGAAGCAGCAAAAGACGUCGCGUCUCGGAAGCGAUCAGUGAGGGUGGCGACGCUGGCGACGAGGACUCUGUGACAGGGCAACCGGACGAGCGUGAAGACGACAGUCUUGGCGGAAUGAAAUGGGAAUGCCUCGCCGUAUCCCUAGAUGAGGUUCGCCAAUUUCUAGCCACGAUCCAGAAAUCGAAGGAUCCGAAUGAGAAGAUUCUGCGCGAACAAAUCCAGGAUCAUCUCGUCCCUAUCCUUGAAAAACAGGAGGAGUCCAAAAAGCGCAAACAGCUGCAACGAGAGAAAGAACUGCAGGCACUGGAGAAGAUGGCGCACGCAAAACGAUCCAGCCGUAUUGCUGGAAAGCUAGAGCAACAGAAGGCGGAAGAACAGGCUCGGGAAGAGGAACGCAAGCGGCAAGAAGAGGAGGCUGCCAGGCGAAAAAAUGAGCAACGGCAAGCCAAGAUGGAGAGGGAGAGAGAGCAUCGGCUCAUGUCAAGAGAACAACGACUGAAGGAGCGAGAGAUUCGCCGUCUUCAGGCUGAAGAAGAGCUGGCGCAACUGUCCGAGGACAGCAAAUCCGUCGGCUCAGGACCCGGUCGCAUGUCGGAGCGGCACCGACAAGCAGCGAUUGAAAAGAACAGGAGAGCUCUACAGGAGCUGCAAGACGAGGAAGACGACUGGAUAUUUGACUGCAUCUGCGGCGUCUAUGGGCAGGUCGAUGAUGGGACACAUAGCGUUGCCUGCGAGAGGUGCAACGUCUGGCAGCACAGCAAAUGCCUUGAUAUUGCCGAAAAGGAUGCUGAGCAAGAAGAUUUCCAUUUCAUCUGCAGUUCUUGUCGCCGAAGCGAGGCAGAGAAAUCUCAACAACCCCGGGUUAUCAAGCUGAAGGUCAACCGCCAUGCUUCAUCGUCCCCUCCUCCUCAGCAGGUUGUGAGUGGCACCUCCCAGUCUCAAGCUGGCCGGUCACAGCUUGUUGUCGAGCUCGGGGCUCAGGCAAAGUCUAGAUCGUCUACCGAUCGUAUUAGCGAGGAGAACCCACGCUCUGGGUCUCAGGAUGGCCCAUCGGGGCAACAAGAGGCAAAGACCGAACCUACCGAUCUUCCAGGUGAGAAGGAGGGUACGGCAAGACCAGUCAGUGCGACGGGGUCUAUUGGGUAUUCGCCAGGGCGCCGGGAGUUGAACCCAUUUUCAUCGCCGCAUCCCACUCUGUCUCCUCCUAAUCAAUCACCCGGCAAGUUGAGAGCAUAUGACAGCAUAUUUCAUCCUUCUGCCCCAUCUUCUGCUGUUGGCCGCGAAGAGUCGCACCCUAAAGAGGAGGGCUUAUUGCCUGUGUUGCCGCCCCCUGCCGGAAACGGUCGUUGGGCCUCGCCCUCAAAGCAGCCGCAACGGCCGUCGUCGCCUCUAGGAACAAAGAGCUCUCCUGCCGCAGGCGCCAGAAUAGUGAGCACGCCAUUGCCACAACUGACCCCUGUGCAAUCCGAUCCCCACGCCCGGAAUGGAGUCAUCGACCGGUCAUCACCCUUACCUCCCUCCCGCGCAGGGCUAUCGCCAACCAAGCAUUCGCCGCCUGUACCGCCGCGCCAUCAGGUGAACGGCUCUGCCAGCGCUGGCGCUUCCCCAUCAGGAACUGGUCGCGCCGCUCCAGUUUUUCCCCCUUCGGCAGCCCUUGCCCCUUCCCCUCCUCAGCAAAAUUUGGCGGCGCCAUCGAAGCCGCUAAAGCCUGCCAACCCGGCGAAAUCGCAUCCGCAGACAUAGGAUGUACUGAUGCGCUAGUCAUAUUUUCCGCCAGCUCAUGUGUGAACCAACCCCCUGGCUGCCACAAGUUUCCAACAGAAAAAUUUAAUGAAAUAUAAAGUAGGGGAGAAAAAAAAAAGAAGAAGAGGGGGAGGAGGGGGAAGAUGAAGAAGAAGAAGAAGAUCAGGUGAACACAGGUUUAGUGGCAGGUUUGUACUUCCAUUCGUGCCCAAGCCGUGGAAGCUUUCGAACGGGUGUCAACAUUCGGCGCUUUUUCCCUUUUGGGUGGACGCCGAUAACUGCUCAAAGAAGUGAUCGAGGGGCUAGAGAAGCCUCCCGCAGUCCGCGAUGGCCUGUCGGGCACUUGAGCCGGGACCGAUUGAAGUCAAUCUUCAUUUUGACACGAAUUCUCAAAGUCUGAAUCGAGGGGUUGGCCCACCAAGGUCGAACUUUUUGCAUUGUAUAAGCAUUCUUGUAUUCACACAGGCAAGUAUAUUCUGUGAAUCACGGAUUAGCAGCUUUAGUGUAGAUGAAUAGAUGCAAAAUGACAUGGGCGUCACGAGAAGAGAGUGGUGACAGUCUUUGGCAUCACCAGAGAUACCUGUCAUUUUGGGUCCCAGACACCGGAAUUACCGGGAAGUGGGACACAUCAGCACGGCGGUCUUACUGAGCAUGUUGAGUUUGUUAUGACACCGCGAAUUAAGACACCGACGCUGUGGUGAAGAGGGUGAUGAGAAGUGAUAGAUUGUCCUCAUAGCUGAUAGCUCGCAGGAGCAGAU